UUCUUUUUUCUUUCCCCUUUUUUCUUUUUUCCCCCAAUUAUUUUUUGGGGUAUUCGCUUGCGGGGUUGGGGGGAGGGCAGAGAAAGUGCUGCAAUUUGGGGUGUUUCUUAAAAUAGCAGCUGGAAAGAGGAAGAGAGGAGAGAGAGCGAGCGGAGAGUGAGAGGAGGGGGGGAGGGAAAUCCCCGACCCAAAACGCUGGGACAGGAGGUGCGGCAGGACCACCUCCCGGCGAGGGACCGACGGCAACUCUGCUCUGCUCCCGACCGCCGCCCGCCACCCGUUGCCCUGCCCGCCGCCCGACGUGGCUCUCCCCGGCAGGACCCGGGGCUACUCCGCCAGAGUUGGAGGUGGGCUUCAACUUUCGCUCACUGUCUCCGCCGCCGUCGCCCCGCGGUCCUGCCGGGGGCUUCUCCCCGCGGCAGCGCAUCCCCGUCGCUGGUGGGGAAGGCAGCCCCGCGCGGCCGGGCCCCACCAUGACUUCCAAAGAAGAGCCCAAGCCCUCCUCGGGGGAAGAACGGCGGCGGAGCCCCUUGGAUCACCUCCCACCGCCGGCCAACUCCAACAAGCCUCUCACCCCCUUCAGCAUCGAGGACAUCCUCAACAAGCCCUCGGUGCGGAGAAGUUACACCCUCUGCGGAGCGGCCCACCUCCUCUCCGCCGCCGAGAAGCACCCCCCAGCCGGUCUGCCCCUCUCCGGCCGGGCGCUGCUCUCCCAAACCUCCCCCCUCUGCGCCCUGGAAGAGCUGGCCAGCAAGACCUUCAAGGGGCUGGAAGUCAGCGUGCUGCAGGCUGCAGAAGGCAGGGACGGGAUGACGAUCUUCGGACAGCGGCAAACGCCGAAGAAGCGUCGAAAGUCGCGGACGGCCUUCACCAACCACCAGAUCUACGAGCUGGAGAAGCGGUUCCUCUACCAAAAAUACCUGUCACCGGCGGACCGGGAUCAGAUCGCCCAGCAACUGGGGCUCACGAACGCCCAAGUCAUCACCUGGUUCCAGAACCGCCGCGCCAAGCUCAAGAGAGAUCUGGAGGAGAUGAAGGCCGACGUGGAAUCGGCCAAAAAGCUGGGCCCCAACCCCGCCGUGGACAUCGUGGCCUUGGCCGAGCUGGAGCCCAGUGCCGAGGGCAGGGGCAAGGCGAGGCCCGGUUCCCCACCGCCGCCCCCCGCCGCCGCCCGGGAGCCCGGCGCCCCGCCGCCACCCCACCCCGCCUCGCCCCCCACGGAGCGGCCCCGCAGCCGCCGGGACAGCGAAGAGGAGGAGGACGAGGAGGAGGAGGACGUGGAGAUAGACGUGGAUGACUGAGGGUCGGCCGGCGGGCCUCCCCAACCCCACCAUACUCCCUCCCCCGCCCGGUUCCGCUACCCCCCCACCCCGGCAGCUCCAAACUGGCACCCUUGGCCCGACCCUGGCAGCGCGGCGAGGCGGCUGCUCCCGCUUGGUCGGAGCAAUAAGCAAUAGAAACCCACCGCAAACACCCACAAACAACAAUUAAUUUAAGGUAGAGUCGAUUAUCCCUCCGCCUGUCACAUCUUCGGAAUGGUGCAAUUACGGACGGCUUCUGUAUAAAUAUUUAAACGUAUAUAUUGGAUUUUUUUUUCCCUUCCCCCUUCUUUUUGAGGUUUCGAUUAUUAUUAUUUUUUUUUAAUAGCUAUCACUGACGAUUAUUUUGUCUAUAAGGGACACGCGUAACCUUGGAAUAAACUCGGCUUCCGACAGAUGUUUGGGUAGGCAGUUGUUUUCAAAGACUUCCGAAACGAACCACUUUAGAAGAGAUUUGAGUUAGGGUUAAUACAGCAACAGCAAAAAUUAGCCACUUUCCUUUCCUUGCAUGUUUCAGAUGUGCACGAAGCAAUUAUUAUUAUUUU